AUGUUCUCCUUAUCCUCCCUUGGCCUAACGCUUGCCGUAACUCCCCUCAUGUUCAUCAUGGAAACCACCUCUGCCCUCCCUCUAACAGGCCGCUUUGUUCUGGCGGGUAUUGCAGUCGCCACUAGCGGGGUGUCGACCGCGCUCAUCUCCUGGUGCGGCAAGCCCUACGUGACUAAGCUGCGAUGGCUCGAGCCGGAAGGCACGCCGAAGGAGAGCACCCGCGCGUUGGAGAUGACUACGUUCACCUUACGGCUGCGCGAGCGCAUCACACGCGUGUACGAUACCGCGUUUUUGGUGCCUGCGAGUCGACCGUUCGCGACAUGGGAGCUCGCAGAGAUGUUCCAGUUGCCUAGGGCGGAGGCGGCUCGGGAGAAGAGCGCGGGCCUGCUACCUAGAGAGGAGACUAUCGCAGAGACGACGAACAAGGAUGGGAAGGUGAUUGGGCGGUGGAUCGUGAAUUGGAGCGAGGAUGGUAUGGGCCGGUGUCGCGAGAUCGGCAGGGUUGCGAGGUACUUCAACGUACACGAAGAGCUUUUGGACAGGCCCAUUCGAUGA